AAUUGUAUAUUAGGUAAUCAUGAUUACGACUCAGCUCAUGUGAUGAGGUUUGUUAUCACAAAGUUAAGUCGACAGUUUUUUUUGUAUAAAUACAAGAUCUUUUUCUAAAUGUCCACCUUCAGUUCAAGACAAGUAAUAACAACAAUGCUAGCUGCUAAAGUUGUCUUGUUUUUGGGCCUUGCCCUUUUCGUCUCAGCCGGUGAAGAUCUUGACAAGGGUUAUGAAAUUGUGGAAUGUGCCAAUUAUGUAAUGAGAGCAGGAGUACCCGAAUUGGGAGUACCACAACACGACCCCUACGUCAAACUCAGGGACCUACAAUGGAGUGGAAACCUCGGUGUUGCCAAAGCCCAUAUCGAGCUCCAUGAUAAUAGAUGGUAUGGUCUUGCCGACUGGGAAAUUCAAGCUUACCAAAUCAGUGCUGACACUGACAACGAGGCUGUCUUUGACUACACCACAUCAUGGUCAAAUGGAUUUCAACUCUCUAUGAACUACAAUGCAACCAUUAAGGAACUUUUCCUUUCACAGCACUACUCAGGAACCAUCAAGAUAACCAUGAAACAACCAGUAUGGACUGGAAGAAUCAGCGCACAAAAAACCCCCACUGACUUAAAACCUAACACCACUGUAGACAGUUUUACCGUCGACUGGCACGUUGCAGAUGUAAAAUGCAAAAUCACUGGUAUGGGAUUACUUGGAGACACUUAUGCUCUCGCUAUUCAAGAAGGUAUUGAAGGUGCCCUCAACCAUGGUCUUAUCGGAAAUACCGUUGGAGACUUCCUUAAAAUGAGAUUCAACACUGUCUGGUAUCCCACUGGCAAAGUCUGGCAAAUGCUGGACUAUUGCAACUCCCUCGUGUCCACCCCAGAUGCACGACAAGCCUAGUUUGAAUCAAAUAAUCAGGUUAAAUAAGAAGGUAUUUUCCUUUGUAACGAUAAAAUACAAUUAAAUGGUAAUAAUUAUUAUUUACCAAA